AUGGAAGACGACGAGGCAACCAAGAAUGUGGGCGAGGACGAGAACCCGUUCAGUCUAGCAAAUCUCUGGACCAAGGCUUAUACCAAAGUCCAAGAGAAUGAAGAAUACUCUGAACACCUUGCCGAGUUUGAAGAGCAUUUACAACAGGCAAAUGACAACCAAAUUGAAUCAGGCUCAGUAACGACUUCCUUUUCUUCUGGAGGUCUAGCACGACUCAAAUACAUCCAAAUGCUAGCCCAGAAUAAACUUGAAGUAGUUGAUGAGGCUCGCACGUCCUUCUUUGUACGGGGAAAGAGAAUUGUUGUCAGAGAAGCUAUCCAAAAGGCCAUUCAGCAGGUUACACAGUUCAAACCUAUUAUCAGCGGAGCGGUUUCAGCUGAGCCUCAUGCUGCCCUAGCAUGGGCUUGUGUGCUGGGUGUUUUACCCAUUUUAGAGAGUAUGUUCCAACAAGACGAAGACGCGGCAGAUGGAUUCAAUAAUAUCGUUUUUAUCCUGGUUCGGUACCAGCAUCUUCUUCAAACAGUUGUGUCACGUGAUUUUACCAAAUCAAGCCAAGGUGAAGAAACCUUCCAACUCUUCUCGAAUCUCGAAUCUCAACUUGUGUCGUUCUAUGAACAUAUUUACUUAUACCAGAUUCAAUUUGUUCGGCAAUGUCAGAAGAGCAAAUGGCGCCGAAAUAUGGGCAACAUGUUAAGUCCCAAGGAUUGGAAAGAGAAGUGGAAGACGAUUGACUCUAUUCGAGACCUGAUCGAUACGAGUAUCCGAGAUCGAGUCAGCGCUAGGACAUUGGAUUCAUGGGAAGCAAUGAGCUCGAUUGAGAAGGGGACCGAGAACGUCUUGAAAACAGUUGAGGAGAUUCAAGACGUGCAAAGAGCUGCUCAUGAGUGGGAACUAUUGAAAUCUCUACAAACUGCUUCCAAUGCCACAUUUGACUCGAACGAUGUCCAGGGCGCUCAGAGUUAUUGUCUUGAGGGAACCCAGCAUAGUAUAUUGGACAAAAUUCAAGAAUGGGUUGAAAACCCUGGGGGCGAAAUGAUCUUCUGGCUUCACGGAAUGGCGGGAACGGGAAAGUCAAGUGUCGCUUUGACGGCAGCAAAUGCCUUGAAAGAAGGGAAACCAUUCACAGAAAUCAAUCCACCACCUCGAAAUGCAACUCUCGGCGCAAGUUUUUUCUUCAGGCAAGGCGACGCAACCAGGAACAGCACCCGAGCUUUCUUCCAAACAUUGGCGAGGGACCUAGCAGAUGUUUCGCCGACCUUUAAAACGCUCAUAGCCACGGCUAUCGAAAACAAUCCAACUAUUGCAACAAAGGCUCCGCAGCAGCAGCUCGAGAACCUUAUAGUCAACCCUCUCUCCAUCCUUGAUGACAAAAGCUUUCUUCCAAUACAUUUGAUUGUUGUGGUUGACGCUCUAGACGAAUGUAUCGAAAGACGGGAAGCCGAGGAUCUAGUCCGUAUGUUAUCUGUACGACUGAAAAGCCUCCUCCGUGUGCAGCUGCGUUUCCUCAUCACUAGUAGGAGCGAGAACCAUCUUACUAGAGCUUUCGGACAACUACCUCAUGAUGUGUGUCUCUCAGUGGUUCUCGAAAAGAUCAAACGGCGUGUGAGAGAGGAUGGAAGGCUGGACGAUAUUACAUUGUACUUUGAGAAAACAAUUGCGACUAUUUCGGAGAGACAUGGCGUCGAACCCAGCGUGAUCGAUGAUACUACCAUCAAAAGCCUGAGCAAAAAGUCCGAUGGCCUUUUCAUCUAUGCAGCUACUAUAUGUCGCUUCUUAGAUGCCGAAGAUUUCGAUUUCGACGAGGCCAGACAAGAACGCCUGGAGUUGAUCUUACAAAACAGUAAGGACAAUGACGAAUCAGCCACCGAUGACUCCGAGAUCGAUGAAUGGGAAGUAGAUUCUCCCCAGAAUCAUGUCGAUGAGAUUUAUUGCAAGGUCUUGUCUUUCCCAGAUCGCGAAAAGAUGUCUCCAGCCAUGAAGAAAAAGACUUACAAAGAUAUGGGAAUAGUCUUUGGUUUUCUCGUGAUUUUCUUGGAACCCGUCUCUAUAUCUUCACUCAAGGUCUUCCUCCCACAGAUAUCAAAAUCUCUCGACAAGCUUUUGAGCAAGGUUCGCGCUAUAGUCGUUGUUCCGCCUGAUGAAAGAUCGCCGCUCAAAUUGAUCCAUUUAUCAUUUCGCGACUUUAUCUUGAGCAAGAAAAGAUCUAAGCGACUCAAGUUUCACGUUGAUGAGAACGAGAUACACGAACUUGUUCUUACCCGGUGCCUUGACAUUAUGUCAUCCGAACUUCGUCAAGAUAUUUGCAAUCUGGUUCGGCCUGGAACUCUUGAUUCAGAGAUACCACCCGAUACAUUGGAAGCGGGAAUUCCGCAACAUUUACGCUACACAUGCAAGUACUGGGUGAACCAUCUAUCUAAUCUUGGACGAGAACGUCAAAGGGACGUUUGGUUGCUAAAGGGUGGAAAGAUUCAUGGUUUUCUCCAGCAACAUUUUCUACAUUGGCUCGAGGUGAUGAGUCUGAUCCAUGAAGGCCCAGCAGCAAUUCUCAUCGUGAAUCAGUUACAGACCUUGAGUGAGGAGUCGGAUGCACUAGAGCUUUCGUUGUUGGCCUACGAUAUGAAACGCUUCAUCCUCAGCAACAGAUGGAUUGUUGAUCACGCACCAUUGCAAAUUUAUGUGUCGGCCGUGCUUUUCAGCCCUACUGACAUUACAAUACGACCCCUGCUUGAUUCUUACAUGCCUCCUUGGAUACAGCAACCGCCGAAGAAUGGAAAUCGCUGGACCCAUGAAGUUUGCGUUCUAAGCGGACACACAAACAAUACCACUGCUAUGUCCUUUUCUCCUACUGGCAACCUGUUAGCUUCGUCAACUGUAGAUGGGACAACAAUUCUAUGGGACUACGUGACAGGCACUGAGCUUUCCAGACUUGAAGGCGAUGGGUGGGUUGUGUGCGUUAGCGUUUCCUGGGAUGGGAAGUUCGUCGCACUAGGCUUUGAAGAAGAGAAUACCGUUGUUGUAAGGGACAUUUUGAGCGGAAGUAGAGUUCUACUGCAAGAUCACGAGCAACCGGUGAGGUUCACAAUCUUCUCACCUAAGGAUAAUAACAUCUUGGUCUCAGUAUUUUCAAUAUGCGAUGAGCAAACCUUGACAAUAUGGGACGUUAAAUCCCGCCGCACAAAGCACAUGGUGACCAUCCCGGGUUGCUUCAUGAAGCAAAUUCAAUUUACAGAAGAUGGAGAGUUUCUCAUCAUACCAGCAGAUGACAGUAUUACCAUAUGGAACGUCGAUAGUGGUCAGUCCGCUCAGAGACUCAAUGGUUCCCCUGCGACUAUCGUCAAUGGGGUGACAAUUCCUGUGGAGUUCGAGACCUUGAUAGAAUGGGAAAGAGUUGCUAAAAAAGACAGCGACGAGAAAUCCAUCUCCAACGGCGACAAACUUUUGUCUAUUAGUUUUGUAGAUCGCUCAACAGGAAAUACGACCGUACGAUAUUUCUACAAGGAAUCCAUCCUGCAUAUCUCGCGCGUGCCACUAGGAGGAAACUCCGCACUGAUUAGAACCGGGAGCGGCUGCAUCGAGUUACUUGGUACGAGGUCAUGGUCAAGAGUCAGACAAUUUUACGUCAAACCCAACCUUCGCGUGUUCGCAAUCCAGAAAGACGGCAAAUUGAUGGCUUCACUAGGUAGUGGAGAUUAUGACAUCAGGCUUUACGAUAUACGACAGAACACGACGGGAAAUCAAUUAGCACAGAGACAUUCUCAAAAAAAUUGGAAAUUGCGCUUUUCUACGGAUCUCAGUUUAAUUGCCGCCAACGACUAUGGAAAUACUGAGUUAUACGAUUCCACUGGUAGUCUUGUUUCUCUACCUAUCGAUGAAGUGCCUCAGAUCGACUUCGCCUCCGAUGGCGAUAUGAAUUGCAUUCUGAACACCAGGACUAGUAACCUCGAAGUGUGGAACCGGCUAUCUAUGGAGAGACUCUGGUGCAAGCCGGCCGAGAAAAACAUGUUCAAAGGGCCUUGCAAGUUUUCUCCAGACAAGAACGUGUUGAUAUACAAAUGUACGUUCGGAGAUAUACUGAGGGAAGUGUCAUACAAGAUCGUUUAUUUAAAUACUGGGAAGGAAGAGUCGAUGGUUAAGUGGGAUUGUCUAGUUUUCCAUCCUGAAAGUCACCUGCUUGCUAUAAAGCUUCUAUUCUCCAGAGAGAUCGACAUCAGAAAGACUGAUUCCUUGGAAUUACUGCACAAAUUCAAAAUUCCCUCCCAAACUAAUCUGGGCAUGGCCUUUUCGAAAAGCGGAACGUUUGCUGCGACAUGGCAAAUGGGUCCGGAACCGGAUGUCCGGUUCUGGGACAUCAGAUCAGGAAGUGAGAUUGGGCAGUAUUCUGUGGCCGGCAGAAUCACUGAUCUGUCUAUGCACGAAGAUGAUUAUCUAGUGUGUGAACAAGGCCGACUACCUGUCCUCUCGUCCGUACCAGAUGAAGAACGAAAGGACGCAGGGAACCAUGUACAAGAUCUGCUUUACGUGGGAUCGCAGUGGGUAUAUCAUGGACUAGAGAGGAUCAUAUGGCUUCCUCCAACCUUGAGAUCCGAUGCCUCCAUUUUGAGAGGCAACACGCUGGCUAUCCCUUUUGAUGGGGGUAUAAAGGUUAUUAAGUUUCACCUUGAUAAAUUGCCAGGACGAUAA